AUGAAAUUCUUAUCUAUAUUAGUUUAUUUCCUCUAUAUCUGCAUCAAGCCAUCUUUAUCAACCAAUGUUAUAUAUGCUGUGAAUUGUGGAGGACCAGCUCAUUAUUCUAAAUAUGAUGACAUUCAUUAUAAAGAUGAUAGAGGUUACAAUGGUGGCAAAAUUAAUGAAUCUGGUAAGAAAUUUUCACCUUUUCCAUAUCUAAAAGAUGAUAAAGUUUAUCAGACUCAAAGAUAUACAACUGAAAACUCACUGCAAUAUAUAUUAGAUUUAGAUCAAUUAAAUCCAGGUAAAUUUGUAAUUGUAUUGAAACUAAGUGAGGUAACCUUUAGAGAAGUAGGAAAGAAUUUGUUUGGUAUUUCUGUUGGAAAUAUUUUAUAUUCUCAAGGUUUAGAUAUUUUUAGUAUAGCUGGAUUUGCAACUCCACUAGAGGUCUAUAUUGAAUGUGAAUAUUAUGAAAAUGGUAAAAUAACACUGAAUGAUGUGGAAAUCACAAAUGGUUAUUCAGCUGAAGAAAAAAAGCUAAUUUUAGCACUUAUUCGUAUUAAAGAAGAUCCAAAAAUUAAUGCUAUUGUUGUCUACCAAGGAAAUUUAGAGGAAAUACCAAAGAUUGAAAAAUUUGAAUUUAAUUCAAAUUUAGAGAGAAUGCUAGUAAAUAAAUUUGAAGAAGCCCAAAAAAUUAUCAUUGAUGAUGAAAUUCUUGGCGAAUAUCUUUAUUUUAAUAAUAAUAAAAUAGAUACAUCAUAUUUGUCUAUUUUUGAUUCAAUCUAUAGACUUACUUUGACUAAAUCUGGUCUUGUCACAAGCCUUAUUUUAGUAAUUACUCUUGUAAAAAUUGGAAUUAUUAUUUGUAAAUAG